AUGGCUUGUUUGUGGGAUCAGAGACACUUAAUGCGUCUACUUGUGUCUACAUCUGAAAUAAUAUCAGAUGUCUGUGAUAUAACAAAAUGGAGAGCAAUAGCCAAAAAUUCUUACGUUCACACUCCAACACAUUAUCUACAUCCUAGCCAUGCUGAGUAUGGUUAUAAACGAAGAGAAUUACGAUCCACUGUUGAUUGGUCGGCCGAAGAGAUUCAGACAAUGUUAUUUUUACAAAAGGGUACAACUCUAGGUCAUUUACUACGGAUUAACAUCAAGAUAAGAUCUUCAAUACCUACUGAUAGGCCUUUCUUCUAUUCUGCCCUUUAA